UUGCAGAUCAAGCGGUUGGCUGGUGGAAAAGAAGUUCAAAUAUCUGCUGAAGUUGAUAUACUUACUGUCGGAGUGCAGGCGCCGAAACGUUGGGAUCGACCUCCGGUUAGCGUCAAUUUCGAGGUUCCGUUUGCUCCGAGCGGUUUCAAGGUCCGCUAUCUGAAGGUUUUCGAAUCUAAAUUGAACUAUUCGGACCACGAUGUCAUCAAAUGGGUCCGCUACAUGGGAAGAUCUGGCUUGUAUGAGACUAGAUGUUAA